AUGGCCGACUCAAGCCCCUCCAAGUCGACGACGUCUCCCCGACCGCAGCUCACCUCGUCCAUGAGGAGCAGCUCCUUUUUGCGUGAGCACCAGCAGUACAGGCCGCCUCAGCACCCGGAGAGCCGCUUCGGCAUCGACACCGUUGUCGAGGACCUCAGCAAGACAUCGGUCUCUCCUCCCAAGCACAACAAGAACUUCAUCGCCUUCAAUGGCGUCCCCUCGGAGGAGAACCCCCCGACCAUUGUCGACAGCGGCCUGAACCACACCUACUCCCACCCCAACUGUGCUCCCCCGGCCGGCAAGAAGUCCACCCGUCUCAUCGCGACGCUGUUCUAUAAACCGAACGGCAAGCAGACAGCAGGUGGCAGCGGCGCCGCGACGACUGCGCCAAAGGCCAUCCCGGCCGCCGCCGCCGCGUCUUCCGAUGCGAGCUCCGGCAAGGAGUCCAUCCCGGCCAACUUCGCGCCCACCCAGAACCCGGAGUCCUUCCCGCUAGAGCCCCCGACCCUCGAGCCCGAGAACCUCGACCACCUGUACGGCUCCUACAUCUCCCCCAUGUGCGUCACCUCCUUCCUGCACCUCAUGUCGACCUUCCCCCUCCCGCCCGGCGAGUCCGACUACGCCUCCUCCCACCGCUGCCUCGACAGCCAGGAGAGCCCCCGCGUCGUCGAGCUCACCCUCGACCCGGCCCCCUGCCAGAGCUACCUCAGCCUGACGGACCUGCGCAAACACGAGCUCAUCUACCGCUUCGAGCGCGAGUGGAACGUCGACGUCGCCCUCCAGCCCGACACCCUCUGGCGCCGCCACCCGCGCCUCGUCGUCUUCGACAUGGACAGCACCCUCAUCACCCAGGAGGUCAUCGACCUGCUCGCCGGCAUGAUCAAGGACCGCCCCGACCUCGCCGAGCGCGUCGCCGACAUCACCCACCGCGCCAUGCUCGGCGAGCUCGAGUUCGACGCCGCCUUCCGCGAGCGCGUCCAGCUGCUCAAGGGCCUGCCGGCGUCCUUCUUCGAGGAGCUGCGCCCCGUGCUGGACGUGACCAAGGGCGUGCCGCGCCUGAUCAAGGCCCUCAGGCGCCUCGGCGUCAAGACGGCCGUGCUCUCGGGUGGCUUCCUGCCGCUGACGAGCUGGCUGGCCGGGGAGCUGGGCAUCGACUACGCCCACGCCAACGAGGUCGUCAUCGACGAGUCCGGGAAGCUCACCGGCGAGGUCAAGGGUCUCAUCGUCGGCAAGGAGAGGAAGCGGGACUUGCUCGUUGAGAUCGCGGGCAAGGAGGGCAUUGAUCUGUCGCAGGUCGCCGCCGUCGGCGACGGGGCGAACGAUCUGCUCAUGAUGGGCGCGGCGGGUCUGGGUGUGGCAUGGAACGCGAAGCCCCGGGUGCAGAUGGAGGCCGAUACCCGGCUGAACAGCGAGAGCCUGUUGGACUUGCUGUAUCUCUUUGGCUUCACUGGGGAUGAGAUUGAGCAAUUGGCGUCGUAG